AUGCAUUGGCACGAGUUUCAAGUCAGCAUGGCGUCAGCCGUCGUAGACGAGAAGCUGCUUCGAUUUGGUCAGGCCCUCGAGUCUGUCAUCGAUGCGGAGAUUGAAAAGAUAGAAACGGAUGACAUUCAACAACUAAGAGAGCGACGUCUAAAGGAGCUCAAGCAACAGGCACAGAAGAAGCAGGAAUGGCUAGCAGCCGGUCACGGACACUAUAAAGAGCUGUCCUCAGAAAAGGAGUUCUUCAGUGAAGUCAAAACAUCAGACAACGUUGUCUGUCACUUUUUCCGAAGCAGCCGGCCGUGUCAGAUCAUGGAUAAACACCUCGAGAUCUUGGCGAGAGAACAUCUAGAGGCCAAGUUCCUCAAGAUCAACGCGGAGAAGAGCCCGUACCUCGCCGAGAAACUGCGUAUAUUCAUGCUUCCGACGCUGGCCUUGGUUCACAAAGGCAAAGUCACAGGAUACGUCGUUGGAUUUGACGAGCUUGGCGGAACCGAAGAUUUUCCCACAGAAGUACUCGAAACCCGACUCGUCCUUGGGGGAGCGCUCUCCGAGGAGAAGCUGUCUGGUCGACGUCAAUCCAAGCAGACAGCCGCUACCGUGAGACGAGGAGGUGACACUGGUAGCGAUGACGACGAUUACUGA